CGAACCCCCGGAACCCGCUUUUUUUCUUCUUCUUGCAACUGGGGUUACUCCAGAGUGCAGAGCAGAGACGGACUGGUCACCGCAUCCACGCACUUGGCAUACAUACCUAGUAUCUUAGAAGGGUACUGUAUAGAACAAGGCUGCUCUGCCCCAACAGACAACAUGGGAAAGAAGGGUGGUGGUCGUCUUCUUCAGGCCGCAAAGGCUGCGAAACAAGGUGGUGGUGGUGGUGGUGGUGGUGCCGGCGGUCCACCGACAAAGAAGCAGAAAAAGAGCCACGGCUCGUCCGCUCACGGCCACGGCCACGGCCCCGCGCAACACCAAAAACAGAAGCAACAAUCCACAAAGCCCUCCCGCUCCGCCUCCGCAUCCUCCGCAGCCCCGCCCCCGCUCCCCUCUUCUUCCUCCUCGACGUCCAGCUCCACGAACAAGAAGCAACACAAGCAAAAGCAGCAUUCCGAUCCAACAAUACCCUUCAGCCCCGACGAAAACAUCCUCCUCGUCGGCGAUGGCGACCUUAGCUUCGCCGCCUCCCUGGUCGAGCACCACCACUGCACCCACCUGACCGCCUCCGUCUACGAAAAGGACCUCGACGAGCUAUCCGCGAAAUACCCCCACGUGCGCGCCAACGUCGACAAGAUUCUCGCCGUGCCCGGCUGCAAGGUUCUCUACAACGUCGACGCCCGGCGCAUGGCGCCCUUCGCCCACAAGGCCAAGACCAAAGACAACAAGCAGGCGGGCCGGGUCGAGCAGGUCGGCACCAUGGACCGCAUCAUCUUCAACUUCCCGCACGUCGGCGGCAAGUCCACCGACGUCAACCGCCAGGUGCGCUACAACCAGGAGCUGCUGGUCGACUUCUUCAAGCGCUCCUUGCUCUCGCUGGCCCCUGGCGGUUCGGUGAUCGUCACCCUGUUCGAGGGCGAGCCCUACACGCUGUGGAACAUUAGGGAUCUGGCAAGGCACUCGGACCUGGCUGUCGAGAAGAGCUUCAAGUUCCAGGCGCGGGCGUAUCCGGGCUAUCACCAUGCUAGGACGCUCGGGGUCGUCAGGAACAAGAAGGGCGAGGCGGCCGAGGGUGCUUGGAAGGGCGAGGAGAGGCCGGCGAGGAGUUAUGUCUUUGUCAGGAAGGAUGAUGUGCCGAAGCCGCCCGCUCCGGGAAUGGGGAAGAAGAGGAAGGCGGAGGAGUCGGAUGAUGAUGAUGAUGAUGAUGAAGAAGAGGGGGGUGAUAAUGAUUGGGGCAGCGGAGAGGAUGAUUUUGAGGAAGAGUUGGAUGAUGACGCCGAAGGCGAGCAGGACGAUGCUGGAGAUGCUGUUGACGAUAAUGAGUGACCGGAUCACCAGUUCACCCGCGGAGUGAGGCGCGUGCACCGUACACAGCCCUGGAGUUUAUGACGGAAUGGAUGUGGUCGAAACCCAUACGCUGUUAUAACCAGGAAGGAUGUCGAGCCCCUGACCGGGAACGGGUCACGUUCAAGUUCAGACGUCAUCGGGAUAGUCGCUCUAUAGCGCAGCUCGGUACUACCGUCAUUCCAAGUAUAGGAUAUGGUUUACGAGCUCUGUGGUUCAGGGAGCGAUUUGGCAGGGGCCUUCAGACGCUUAUGAGAAACCGUCCUCCUGCCAGUCCGCGAGAUACUCCGCCUGCUCGACGUAGACUGGCGAUUAUCGAAUGAUACGCGGAAAGUAUAACGGUGGGUGAAGCAUGGUUUAGAUCAACCCUGCUCAGGCAAUUCUCCUGAAUACCAACUCGUCAACAGCUUUUUGUGAUACGGGACAAUAACUUUGUACCCAACGAUCACUCCUGGUGGGACUCUCUAAUAAACGUGGGCCUAUUUUAUCCUUGGAAGGAGUCAGGAUCGUGCUGCUUGACACACGUAGACAUCAACGGUUGCUGUUUUUGGCGGCAGUGUGAUGCCCGAUUGCUAAUCUACUGGUCCCGUCAUCUAUACUGUUGCCGAUUAUAAGGCAUCUGACUCACCCUGAGAUUGCUUCAUUGCCAUCCCUUGGAGGUAGUAAAAGGAAGUUGUUCACAAUGAGACCUGAUUGCUUCGUUCCAGA